AUUUCGAAAUAAAAGCCACUCACAAUUGAACCCUAAUUUUUCAAUCUCUCUCCGUUGGUUAAUCGUUUACUCGCAAAAUCAAAGAGACCAGCUUCAUCUUUUCGAUCUGAUUCCACUGCAUCAUUCAGCUCCUUCUUUCACGGCCUGUAGUAAUUUGUGAGUAUUGGAAUUCAUGGAUAACAAGUAUCCUGGCUUUUUCAAAGUUUAUGUUCCAGAACUACACUCUGAAAAAAUGCCUAUACCAAAUGCUUUUGUGAAGAUGGCACUCCAACAAGGAUGGGAACCCAGGGAUGUUAUUCUUAAGAACAGUAGGGGGAAAGUUUGGGAAGUCAAAACACUGGCAAUUUAUAGUCAGCUGUAUUUUGGUGAUGGUUGGAAGCAGUUCAGGGAAGAUAACUGUUUAGGGGCUAUGGACUUUGUCUUUUUUACACAUGUUGAAGACAAUGUGUUCAACUUUAAGAUCUGUGAGCUAUCAACAGGGUGUGAAAAGAUGAAGGUAGAGGAUAGUGAAGAACAAGAAAAAGAAAAGGGUGAUGUUGAUGAUGUGAUGGAGUUGGAUAAGGAGGAGGACGUAAAACAACAAGAUGGGGAUGGUGAUGAACAUGAUCCUGGGCAAGAUGAUUCUGGUGAUGAGGUGGAGGAGAAAGAAGAAGAUCAGCAACAAGAAGAUGAGGAUGGUGAUGAACAUGAUCCUAGUGAAGAUGAUGAUUCUGAGGAGGAGGAGGAGGAGGAGGAGGAGGAGGAGGAGGAGGAGGAAGAAGAAGAGCAACAAGAUGAGGAUGAUGAUGAUUAUGAUCCUGGUGAAAAACAUGGAAAAGGAAAGUAUGUUGUGAUAGAGUUGGAUGACGAGGAAGAAGAAGAAGAACAAGAUGAGGAUGGUGAUGAAGAUGAUUCUAGUGAAGAUGAUUCUAGUGAUGAGGAGGAGCAAGAAGAACAAGAACAACAAGAUGAGGAUGAUGAUGAUUAUGAUCCUGGUGAAGAUGAUUCUGAUGAUGAUGAGGAGGUUGAGGAGGAGGAGGAGAAUACAGAGUUGGAAGAGGGGGAUGAAGAAGAAUCCAAGUUAACCAAAAAGAGAAAAUCUCAUCCCAAAGUCUGCAAAGUUAGCUCCAAAAGGGAGAUUGGAAGUAGUUCAGUCACCAAGGCUGAAGAUGCAGGACAUGAAAACAUUGAUGCAGCAAUGUAUAUUCGACGUGACCAUCCCUACUUCAUUGUCAAACUACUGAAAGGCAGGCGCAAUGAAUUGCAUAUUCCACACUUAAUCAUCAAAGACUUUUCCCUUUGUUUUAAAAACAAGAUAACUCUUGUAUGCUGCCAGUGCCAGAAUAUUCCAAGAACUCAACUGCGAAACUACCAUGGCACCUUGCCUCAACUGACACCCGCCAACAAAAAACACACAGAAGAGGGAGAAUUAAGCGUGUGGAGAGAUGGGCGAGUGUGUAUCAAAGGGUGGUUACAUUUUUGCAGAAAGAACAAGAUCAAAGAAAACGAUUCAUGCAUCUGUGAAAUUGUGUUGCGGGAAGACCAACCAAUAGAAAUGUUCCGGGUGCAUGUAGCUAAUAAGAAGUGAACACAUAAGGACAGGAGCAGAGGUGAAGGAGUGUUUAGAACAGAGAUAAGAGAGAUGGAAGAGUUUGAUCAGAAGAAUAAAAGUGACUUCAUUGAUAUCCAAGAGUACAAGAGAAUUCUCUUAUUUAUACAAGAGUUUACAACUAAUAUGAAACUAAAUAGAUAGCUAACUAUUACUACAACCGAGUCUAACUAUAGCUGAAACUGAAAACUAACUAUGAUUACAAAGUAUAACAAACUAACAAUAUAUGCUGGGCUAUAGUUACAUUUUGUUAAUUUGUUUCUCCUCUUAUCUUCAAGUCUUUGUAUGAUACAGAACUCAAUUGUCUCUGGGUAUAUAAAUUAAGUCCUAUUACAUGAAUUUUUAAUUGGAGAUACAGAAUUUACACAAUUUAUCUGCUUUCUGAAAUUAAAAACUAGGUGAGAUAUGUGGAGAUAGAGUUAAAGUAUCCUUUUGCAGAACUUGAGUGAGUUUCCUAUUAUUAAGCAGUUCAGUGUUUGCUUGGGAAUAUUCCAAUUAUGAGAGUUAACUGUGUUUCAAGUUUUUUCAGCAAGUUGAAAAAAUAAUUAGUUUUUUAAAUAAAUUAAUUCAAACAAGCACGUGUGAGGAAUCAAUUUCAAUUGGCUUUGUUAAUAUUAUGAUGUUGAGUAAUAUAAGCAGGUAGAGAACUUGGAACUGAAUCUUCUAACAAUUUUAUUGGUAUGCUUUCGUUUUUCUCAAUUUGGGAUACCGCUAUAGUUUCUCCAUCUCCUCUAGAAGUGCAUUUUAUGUAAGUAGCAUACAUAGGGAAGACUGGAGAAAGAAGAAAAAUGGAAAUUCUGCAACAAGAAAUCAAAAGAAAAUAAUCUCUUCAUGUUACAAGUUCUACACAUAGAAUGCUUCUUACAUUUACUGAAAGAGUGAUACCACAGAAGACCAGUGCCCAGAUAGACACUAGACAAUUUUGAACUGUGGCAAACAUUAUAUAGCUGAUAGCUUUGUUGAAUAUUUCCUUACUAGUUAUGAAACCCAAGAGAUUACUGGAAACAACAUCUAUGUAAUCCUGGGCUAGUAUACUACACACUAUUGCAUAUUGUGUUACAUAAUCUAAGGUCUCUUGUCUACACUAGAGGCCUUAA